UUCAGUCAAUACAUACAUACAUACAGUAAGCAAUCAAGCAUGCACCACGAAUCAUACUGUAUGAAGCACAAAACUCAGUUCCUUUCCUUCAAACUAACGUACAAUCCAACUACAGAUGUGGCCGAGACUCAUAGAGAGCGCCAGGGAAGGUGGCCUGGAUGUCAUACAGACAUACGUCUUCUGGAAUGUCCAUGAGCCUAUACAGGGUCAGUACAACUUCGAAGGAAGAUACGAUCUUGUGAAGUUCAUCAGAGAAAUCCAUGCCCAAGGCCUCUAUGUGAGCCUCCGUGUCGGCCCCUUCGUCGAGGCAGAAUGGAAAUACGGAGGCUUGCCAUUUUGGUUGCGUGGUGUCCCAAACAUUACCUUCAGAUGCAACAAUGAACCCUACAAGGUACAUAUGCAAAAAUUUGUUGCUAAAAUUGUUAACAUGAUGAAGGAUGAAAAAUUAUACUAUCCACAAGGAGGUCCCAUAAUCAUAUCACAGAUUGAGAACGAAUAUAAGCUAGUCGAGGCAGCAUUUCGUUCAAGGGGACCACCUUAUGUUCGCUGGGCAGCGGCAAUGGCUGUAAACCUCCAGACAGGCAUUCCAUGGAUGAUGUGCAAACAGGACGAUGCUCCAGAUCCAAUCAUUAAUACAUGCAACGGGCUCAUCUGCGGGGAAACAUUUCAUGGGCCAAAUUCGCAUAACAAGCCAGCUUUAUGGACCGAAAACUGGACAUCUCGCUAUCCUUUAUAUGGUCAUGACCCAAGAUUCAGAUCACCAGCAGAUAUUGCCUUCGCAGUUGCACUUUUUAUAGCAAGAAAAAAAGGAAGCUUUGUAAGCUACUAUAUGUAUCAUGGCGGGACAAACUUUGGGAGGUUUGCAUCCUCCUAUGUAACAACAAGCUACUAUGAUGGAGCUCCACUUGAUGAAUAUGGCAAGUAUUUCUUCUGUUGCGAGCUAUCAUAUUUUAAAAGCAACCAUUCAAACUUCUUAGAAUUGCAUGCUGCAAUCAAGCAAUCUGAAGAACCACUACUUUCAGGAGCAUAUUCUAAUUACUCAUUUGGUGAGCAACAAGAGUUUAUGGGGCUAACUUUUGGCAUACUACAGGGGCAUGUUUUUAAAACCGAGUCCAACUGUGUGGCUUUCCUAGUGAACUUGGACAAGCAUAAAGCAUCAAAUAUCCAAUUUGGUGAAGCAUCAUUCCAGCUAGCUCCUAAAUCAAUAAGUAUCCUCUCAAGUUGCAGGAGGGUAGUAUUUGAAACAGCCAAGGUGAGCCAGUUACCUUCAAUUCUUCAGCGAUUGAAGACCUCAAGGGAGUGCUUCGUUUAUCAGUUUUACUUUUGGCAGAUAAAUGCACAGCAUGGUUUAAGAACAGCACAAGCAGUCCAGUCUCUGAACAAUGUUGAUAGCUGGAAAGUAUUCAAAGAACCGAUUCCUCUGGCGAUAAACAACAGUACACACAUUGGAAAUCGAUUUUUUGAACAUCUCUCAACUACAAAAGAUGAGACAGAUUAUCUCUGGUACCUUACUAGAUAUGAUUAUAGAUCAAGUGGGAAUAGCCAGCUAGUGCUUAAUGUGGAGUCACAAGCCCAUGUUUUACAUGCUUACAUCAACAAUGAUUAUGCAGGUACUGUGCAUGGGAGUCACGAUGGACCUAGAAAUAUUGUUCUCAAGACACCUAUUACACUAAGGGAAGGACAAAACUCCAUUUCACUGCUUAGUGUCAUGGUUGGAUCACCGGACUCGGGGGCAUACAUGGAGCGAAGAAUCUUCGGAGUUCGUAAAGUGAGCAUACAACAAGGACACCACAAAUCACGUUCUCUGAAUAAUGAGCUGUGGAAACACCAAAUUGGCUUAUCUGGAGAAAUGAACCAUAUAUACACGCGGGAAGGAUCAUCUCGUGCUCAAUGGACUGCCAUCAAUAAGUCCAUGCACCUUCCACUUAUCUGGUACAAGACGACAUUUGACACACCAUGGGGGAAUGACCCAGUCACGCUGAACCUCAGUAGUAUGGGCAAGGGUGAGGUGUGGGUCAAUGGAGAGAGCAUCGGACGGUAUUGGGCCUCCUUCAAAACCCCUAGCGGACAGCCAUCCCAGUCCUUGUACCACAUACCACAAUACUUUAUGAAGCCUAGAGAGAACACCCUCGUCCUCAUGGAGGAAAUUGGUGGUGAUCCGCUACAGAUAACUGUGAACACAGUUUCAGUUACCAGAGUAUACAGUAGUGUGAAUGAGUUAUCUACCCCGUCACUGUUGUCACGCAGAAAGCACCCAGCAGUUCGACUCCGGUGUCAGCAAGGCAAACGCAUCACGGACAUUGAGUUUGCGAGCUACGGAAAUCCGGUCGAGGACUGCAGAAGCUCCAGCAGGAGCUGCCUCGGGAGUUGCCACGCAGAGACGACGGAGUUUGUCGUAAAGGAUGUAAGACCCUCUGCCUUUCCAGAAGUUGCAUGUUGAUAUCAUAAUGCACUAUCCUAUUACCACUGCAAUCCUAAAAACUUGGGUGCUUGUUUUACCCUUUCAGGCUUGCCUAGGCAGAAGGAAGUGCGCAAUUCCGGUACGGCCUGCCAAGUUUGGAGGCGACCCGUGCCCUGGGAUCGAAAAAACACUUUCAGUUGUGGCAAGCUGCGGAUGAGUAUGAUGGGAAUUUCCACUAUCAUACUGUGACUAACCAACAUUCAGUUUGCACGAGUUUGUUGUCACAGGGUCCAAACACUGUACCAAAUCACAGGCUAUAGAACUACAGAUAGAGCAGUAUUGUAUCCACAUGUUAAAAUGUACAGGAGAAGUAGAGUUACACGCACCAAUUUUACUGCAGAAAUUUGUUGGACUUC